AUGGACAUCGUGCCGUUCUCAACGGCAGCGGGCAACAACGGUGACGGUGGUAUUGGUGGUAGACAGGAGCAGGAAGCGAACCAGUACUUCUUGCAUUUGUUGCAGGAGAAUACUCAGGUGAACUUGUUCCUGAAUGACCCCCGCAUUCAAAGUGCCUUGGAGCUUCGCGCGGAACAACGACAUCGAUUUGCAUUGGACAACGUGUACGCCGAAGCCAACGCAUACAUUGCACACCUAGAGGCAACAGCGGAUGCGAAUCAUCGUCAACAGCUAGCAUUUGUGAGCCAAUCCACACACCUGUUGGUGGGACAGCUACACAAUGAAGUACGAGUGCUAGAGACAAUCGCCCGAUCAGAACGACAAUCAGCCAAUGAGCUGCAGGCACAGCUGGCACGCGCACAAAGGGAAAGUCAUGAUGAAAGGUCUAUGGCCAUGCAGUUUGAUGCACAUCGAUCCGAGCUGGAAGCAGCAGCGCGCACGCUCACUGCGGAAAACAGACAGCAUGAACGCCGUUUCGCGGAAUUGCGAUCGAGUAUCGAAGAAAACCACAGUGAGAUGAUUGCCUUUUUAGGGUCUGAGUUUGAGGAAAAGCUUCAAUGGGAAGAAAACGAGUACUACCAUAGGCUAACCUCUGAGGCACAGCAGUAUGAUAGCUUGGUUGAUGACCUGCAGGACAGGAACGCGGAGCUUAUAGCUGAGGUCGACUCACUCAGGACUGUCUUGUCGACAGCGGAGAGUAGCCCACCGCAAGGUGGCGCCGUGCCGGUGAAAGUCGAUCCCAGUGAGAGCUCCAAACUUCAACCAAGCCCACCGCAAGGUGGUGCCGCAGCGACAAGCCCUGCUACGCUUUCCAGCGUGGGAAGUGCCCACGAGGUGAUAAGUGGAGGUAAAGGCGGUAAAGGUGGGGAGAAGAAGGAUACCUCCAAGAUUCCUUGCAUCUUUUACCCCAAAGGCACCUGCAAGAACGGUAAGAAUUGCCCAUUCAUGCACAAGGAUGCCGCUCCCUCUGUCCCGGCCAAAGGCGAUAAGGCUGGCAAGGACGGGAAGAGAUCGCCUUCCGGCAAGCGCAGGCGACCCAGUAAGAAAAGGCCAAAGAGUGAGGACAAGCCAGCCGCUUGCUGUCUUUCCCUCACAGCCACCCUCACGGGUGAGCCACCGGCCGAUGCUGUGAAGACCUACGCAGUAGCAGCCCGCAAGGGCCCUGCCGGAAAGCCCCGAAGCAGGAAAGUCCAGUUCCUAAGGCCAGAAAUCAUUGACAUCCCGCCUGAGGGUGAAGGCUGGAGCUUCGUACCAGACAAGCACAAGUUCGAAUUCAGGUACAAGUCUGCGGAGCUAUGCCCACCAUCAAUUCCAGAGGACACCGAAGAAGCUUUGCAGAAUGCCCGUGUCGGGGUAGAGAAGGAUUCUGCAUCCAUUGCAAAGAAGCAAUUCCCCUGCCCCAACUUGCUGCAGCGGACCAUUGAUGGCAUGCUUAGCAGCAAAGUCCUCAGUCCAGCUGGCGCGGCAGAAGAUCCCAUCGAAAAGAUGGCGAAUUGCAUUCCACCCAUUCCUGGGGUGGAAACGAGGUAUAGAAUCCGGACUACUUGGGGAUUCAAGGAUGACGUGUGGUCUUUGUUGGAGGAUUCGGUCAACAUUGACGAAUUGGACGGAAUCUAUGGGGAAGCGCAAGCCGACAGCGAUGUCGAGCCAUACACAAUGCCAAAGUCUAAGAAGGAUGAACAACUUAGCGAAGACCUGGAUGAAAUGUUCCCAGAGCUAUUUGGUCCUGAUCGUGAUAAAGAUCCUCCGCCGAAGGACGCGAAAGAAGCCACCCGCAAGGGUGAGUCAAAGUCUGAUUCCCGUGCAGCAUUGCUUGAUGAUGUUCCGUUCUCUGUGAAGCAGAAGCUGAAGUCCAGCGCAGCAGUAGCAGCGCAAGAACCACCGUAUGGUUAUACGUGGAGUGGGGAAUGUUUGGUCAAGAAGAACAACAAGAACCGCCCUAACGCUAUUGAUCAUACUGCAUGGAAGGCUAUGUCGAAAAGACAAAGAGCAACAGCAAUUGCAGAACAUGAGAAGAAGCUACAUGAGGAGAAUGAGGCACUGUAUCGUGAAGCUGUAAAGGCGGAUUGGUGGGACGGCGAAACCUACUUCGACCUCGCAGGCCGGGAACAGUCUGAUUUCGAGCUGGCAGUUGCAGCUGCCCGCAAGGGCAAGCCGGUUGGGCAUUUCAAGUUACUGAAUGUUGGUACAGCCGAACAAGUGGCGGAUGUGUUCACGAAGCCUUUCACUGAAAAGAACAAGUGGACGCAUGCCUUGAAGCUUAUUGGACAUACAACCAGCGCGAACGCAGCCGGGUGCAAACCCGAGUCGAAGGUCGAGGUUGACAACAAGGUUUCGGUAGCAGCAGCUCCGGAAGCAUCAAAGGUUGUCGAGGACUUCGCUCAACAAUCGUUCGAGGCUAACGAUUACAGCUUCAAGACCUUCGAAAAGCUAGCUGGGCUUAUUCGUACCAAUCUCAAGGCAUCAUUGGCAAAACCGCGAGCAUUGAUGGCUUCUGAGAACCCAUCCAAAUACUUGGUGUUCGGCGCUUGGGUCCAUGGUGGGUGCUUUGGUAUUACCAAUCGCACAAAACAUUAUCCAUGGAUUUGCAGGUAUGUGAAUGGAUUUGUUAAGCAAUCAUCUCCGAAAGGGUUUACAUGGACUUCGUUCGUGUUCAACUUCAAUGGCAAGGCCCGCAUCCACACGGAUAAGUACAAUCAGAAAGAAUCGUACAACCUGACGUUCUCCUUCGGUAACUAUACAGGGGGGACACUGUGGAUUGAGGGCGCGAGCCAGUUGGGACCACCGGGAAUAUACACAGAUGAUCAUGGCAAAGACCACAAAGGCUACAAUUGCAACACAUACCGCAAGCCCACUCUGUUGCAUCCAUCGACAAAACAUGGUGUACAACCCUACACUGGCGAACGACAUUCCUUCAUCGCCUACUCUUCAGGGGGGUACCAGAAGUUCAACAAAAAGCAAAAACAAUUCCUACAUCAAGCGCAGUUCCUCUUGCCUACGGCUCAGUUGAAGCUCCCAGCUCAGAAUGCAAUGGUUUGUUUGAGGUGUGUUGGUUCCCCUCUCGAUGAGGGGGGUAGGCUUAACAAACCGUAUUCUCGUUUCGAAAAUGAUUCGUUUGCACACACAUCGCUCGAGUGCACAAACACACAACAAACUGCAAGCCUUGACCAUGAAAUCUUGGCUUUCUUUAUGUGCACGCCUGCCAUUGCAAUUUCAGCUGGUUCUGAUCUUCUCGACUUGCCCGAAGCGACUUCUACGAUCCCCAAGAUGGCAGCCAUCGUUGUGAGCGACGAGUUCUGCAGGGUCAACACCUCCGAAGCAGACAGGAAUGGGGUUACCAAGGCCAUGAAAACCAUUCUCCAAUCCGCCGCCCUCAACAACGAUAUCAUUUCGCUCGGCGCCGAUCAUGAGAGUCAGCUCUUGGAGUCGGCGUACAGCUGCGUAUCCACACAGUGCGCGGCUGGGGUAUCCUUGACCCAUGCCGACGCAACCACUGUGGCUCUGCGCCAGAUGGCUGACCUCAGUGACGAGGGACUCGCCAAGUUGAAGCCAACCGCAAGGUUGAGCCCCAAGGCCAAGCGAGCCAUCAUAGUCGUGUCAGACAGCUCCACUGCACUUUGCAAGAAGAACAGGCGGGGAGUGUUCGUUAAGGCCGACUUGGAUGCGGAAGUGAACAUCGCAAGCUUUACGCUGGGAUGGGCGCAGACUCGCUAUACCAUGUGUUGGGGUAAAACCUUGGCGUGGAUUGUCUGGCAGGUCGAGGAGCAUGUGAAGGAGCUCAGGAGCAACUAUCCGGACCACACCAUCGACAUAAUCUGCUGGUGGUGCGGGAACGAGAUCUCCGGCCAGUGGGGCUGCAUCCCCACGCGGCUAGGACCGGGACUCGCCUACAGAGAUCCCAAUGUCACAACGGAGACCGUCGCACGGAAAGUGAGAAGGGCAGCGGAUGUUUUAGCCGCCCUCGCGGGCGAGCCGGACAUUGGUUUUGUGAAGGUGAUUGGGCAGGUGGAGGCGGACUUGUUCCAACUCCACUCAGCCUAUAACGACUUCAAUGCCGCUAUGUUCGAAGAGUUCAGGCAGCGCGGUCUGCAAGUGCAAACCGCAAGCUCCUUGGUCGAAAAGCUGGAAAUGUAUGACAGCUUUCACGCCAGCGAAGACCCUCGCAACCGCGAGUUAUUCCAGACCUACUUGCAUGCGACUAUCAAUGCAAGCAGGAGCGAAUGGCUUGCCCAGAAGAUGGCACCCUGUGUCAGGGCUUUGCUUGUUCGCUAUGAGCACUUUGAGACUGGCUCCGAUGCCAACAAUCCAGUGCUCGAGGAUGUCUUCAAGCAGUGGCGUGCAGAGAAGGACCAGCUGAUGAACCCGAAACAGGCCAAGCCAAUGCCGGUCACCCAGGAGGACAAGAUGUGGGAAGCCCCAGAUGCCGCUGACGCAAUCGACGUCAAUAAGAUCUCCGAGGGGCCACCCAUGGAUAAAGCCAUCCGCAAGGAUGUGCCAAGGAUCGGUGCAACCACGGACGUUAGUGCUGUGGCGGAAUGCGUCCAUGACAUCGUUACCCAGGACGCAGACGGCAAGGUGUCCUACAACACCCCGGGCACGGUGGAGCUGGUGGACGAGGGCGACCAGAUCGACCCUAUCCCCUCAUCGAUUGGACGUGUUGUUGAGCCAGCGCCUCCGAAGAAGACUAAGAAGUCUGAUCGAGACGAGGAUGCCAUGCGUAGGCUCAUGUUCAUCGAUGAAAGCGCCCCGCAAGGGGCUGCCACUGUGCCAGAGCUUCCAAAUGAGUACUUCUACAAUGGCAAGAAGCACUUGAUGAAGCCCUUCAACCCGGAGGACAUUGUAGGAGACAGGCACGUGACAUUCAAACACGGAGACCUGAAGUUUCUCACCAAGCUGCUGCGUGGCCAUGAAAUGGACAGCUUCCCUUCAUUGAUCUUUGACCGUGGGUGCUGGACAGACGUUGACACUCUGCUCCAGGUCUUCAACACGGCACGAGGCGCACGCUGGGGUGUGAGGCAGCUGCUACGCGCAGCGAAAGCCGAUAAUAAGGGACGGAUCAGACUUUUGGGUAUUGACGUGCCAAUGAAGGACACCCUGGGUCAGCCGCUAUUCCCUGUCAGAGUGAGGAUGGCCCAAGGGCAUAACUCCAAGCUCAUCGGCAAUAACCCGGACGCGGACUUCUUCCUUGCGACCAGGUUCUACAGUGGAUUGUCCGGGUACGAGGCCGACCUGCAGAGCAGCGUCAGGGGGGUCACUGUGCUCUCCCGCGAGGAUACCCCCCCAAAGCUCUUCCACCGCACGAAUGAAAAGGGAAUGAAGGGUAUCCUCCGCGAUGGAAUGAUCGCCGGCUCCGCGAGGUCAGACAGGUCCCACAACUACCUGUCCCCGUACAAGUUGGACGACACCCACUACAAGAGUGGAAUGCGCUCCAAUCAGCCGAUCGAGUUGACGAUAGACACACAGCGAGCAAUCGCCGCUGGAUGCGUUUUCUUCGUCACUGAGACCGACGGCGUCCUCACACGGGACAAUGUGCCUCCCGAUUGCGUGCUCUCCGCCAUCGACACCAGCAAAAAGAACCUCCCGCUCUAUGUCGCCGAGCACAAGGAAGCCACCCGCGAGGGUGAGCCAGAGCGCAUUUUCCGUGCAAAGCGCGACUAUGAGGAGGCCGCAGCAGCAAGCUCAUCAUCGGCACCGCCCCCAAAACAGGCGGCUAUCGCUCCCAAAGCGAUUGCUUCAAAGAAGAUGCCGAAGGUGGUUCCCAAGCCCGCCGCAAUCGCCGAAAAGGACGAAAGCAUGGACUUGGAUGAAGCCACCCGCGAGGGUGAGCCUGCUGAUGCUGCUGGUGCAUUCGACCUUGACGAAACCAAGGUUGAGGUUGAGGUUGAAGUCGAUGAAGGCGAUACAACGGAUGCGGGUGAGGAUGAGCCGUACCCACUUGGCUCUCACCCAUGCCGCGAGUGUGCAGCAGUCGUUGCCAAUGGCAUGCUGUUCUGCCUCCGUUGCAAGGCUCCCCAGACGGAUGACUCCAAGAAAAUCACAAAGCGAGUCUUUGAGAAUUCGAGACUCCGCAAGCGCCUUCUUGCCACCGCUGCGACUGGAGCCCAGAAGCCCAUCGAUGAUCUCCUCGCGAGUGACCUUCGAGGCCUGGGCGAAGGACCAAAGAAACGUGGUCAGAUGAGCGCGGAGGCCGCCGCCAUUCGUGACGCCAAAGACCGAAAGAUCAGGGCCGCCAAGUUGAACUUUGACACCGUGUCCGACCGCUUCGAGAAGGACGCGCAGUUCAACGUGAGGAUGAUGCAAGAGGGCCGCAGCCUUGAGGACAUGCAGAAAUUCGAUCACCUGUCGAACGCUGUGCUUCCCGAUCCAGGACGCAGUGAGGAGCAGCGCUACUUGCGUGCUGGCUCCCAUUAUGGUGGUGGCAAUGUCCCGCCUGCGAAGCUGGUCUAUUAUGCCCACUGCGAAGUGGAGCCGUUGAGGAACUUGCGGUUUAUCGAUGAUACCGCGGAUGUCCCCAUCGGCUUGACCUACCUCGGUGCAUUCCUCCCUCCGCGACUCUAUGCUGAGGUGGCAGCAGUGAACGAUGCUGCGAAAAGGAUCCUGACCUUCGACGGCGAAGUCUAUGUGUCGGCUACCACAAUUGAAGGCAUCACAACUGAGAUCGGACAGAUUCUUACCGAUAGCCUCCGUAGUGCUCAGGACCAGACAGACCAAACGGAACGUCUGGCAGAGCGCAAUCGCCAGGCUGCAGUCCAGAACCGCCCAUCCCAAAAGGGACGUGGUCGCACGACAGCACCUGAGCCCAUGUACAGAGGCUAUACUCAGGCCCAGUGGGACGAGUACUAUCGCCAGCGUCGUGGAGGUUACACUCAGGCCGAGUGGGAUGCAUGGAACCGUGUGAAGAUCGUGUGGACCCGACUAGUUAAAGGGUCUCAGCUCCAGUUUGAGAAUGGUGAUGAUGACCGUGACUUCGACGACAGCAGCGACACCGCUCAAAAAGAUCUGCAGGGUUUGAUGGUGGCAGCGGGAACGAAGGUGCGUUGCAACUGGCUUGACCCGUCGAAGGAGAGCGAGCCGAUGGAUUUUUCUGCCAAGAAGGCCAAAGUCGAUGCGGAGGAGGGUGAGCCGGCGGUCUUCGCGCAGCUUCUUGCUGCCGCCAAAACCUGCGAACGUUUUCAAGUCAAAGGCCCCGUACGGGUUGGGAUCGCAAGCAGAUAUCCCGAAGUGCCGGAGCGCCAUGCAGCGAUCCUGCGGGCAGUCUCAGAGUCUCUGAUGAAUCGAUUGGUGGUGCUGCGUGUUGACAACUUCCCUGGCUCUGGAGAUCCUGUGUUUGGCACCAAGCACGAGCUUCGAAGGAGCUUCCGGGCACCUGAUUUCUUUGCGAAGCUUACAGCUGGCCUCAAGGGCACCUCUGGCUCUGGCCUCAAGAAGAUGACGCUGCAAGGCGGCUUCCACUCGGCUGCAUCAGUCUGCAACUUCUUGCAGGUGGUCAAGCCGCAGCUCGAAUCCUUCCGCUGCCGGAGGUGCCUCUUUCAUGGCCGGAACUUCGAGAUGCUGGUAAAGGCCUUAAGCAUCGCAAGCCAGAACAGUCUCCUAGAGUUUGAGACAGAUGCAGCCAUCGGCGGCAAGGAUCCCUUGGGACUUUUGGCUGACUCUUUCCCAAACCUCAGGAUGCUUCGAGCCAAGUACAUGUUUGGAAAGGCGGACCACCUUCAAUCCCUGAGCCGGCUCACGCAGCUUUGUAGGGAGCAGUGUGUUUUGCCGAAAGACGACUACCGACUGUUUGGGUGCCCGGCCGUGGACGCUAAGAUAGGCAUCGUCUACUGGUUUAUCACCUCCGAGCACCACGACGACGGCUACUUUGGAGAGGGCCUGUGGUGGGACGAGCUUAAGAACACGAGGCUGUGCAUGGUGCAGUGGGCCGUCGGAAAGGGCGUAACCAAGGAGAAGUGCCUAGACUUCAUGAAAGACUGCGGCAUCGAGCUGGACGACAACAUAGACGACGACGACUGCCACAUGCUGGCCGAUGAGAAGCAUAGUGACGUCGACUCGGAGGUUGACCAGGACACGAUCGCCGUGCAGCUAGAAGUUGAUGACUCUGUGGGCUUCGGCAAUUUGACGAUCAAGGCACGUACGAUGGAUGGUCGCGAGUUCGCACAAGUGACUCUGGAUGCCAACAAGACACUCGUGCGCACACUUGUCGAUGAGUUGGCCUCAAAGUAUCCCUGCUCGCCCCUCGCUAUGCGACUGGUGUUGCCAACUGGCACUUGCAUCGAUGCUCUCGAAACAGCAAGCAAGCCUUUAGCAGCGGCUUUGGUAUGA